GUGAAAAUGGCCCGAAGGCUAACGUUGCGUAGGCUAGCUAAACUUUAGCGCCUUAAAACCGGUUAAAAACUUGUUUACACGCAACCAUAAGACACAGCAACCGGAAACAAAGGUAAAAGUGGUUAUGAUCGAGGCGGGAACGAAGUGUCCAGCUGAUCGGAGUCACGUCUCAGCUGCUUCAGCUGACCGAAGGCAGCAGGUGGAGAAAGCAGAGAGGAACUGUUAGUAACUCAACCCGUAACUGAACAGAAACACAUGACUGCUGAGAGCAGAGAAGAGGCCCCCAGCUAAACCUGAGGAGGAGCCACACAGACGUCAUGUGCGAACGGCCAAAGGUCCACGUCUUCCUGGGGGCUCCUCCUCCCUCCUCUGGCCCAGCCUCGACGUCUGGAGCUGGGGCUGACGAGCGUCCCCCUGCCGACUGGAGACACCUGGAGCUCACCUGGCAGGAUGGACGUCUGAGGCCUGCAGAUGAGGCUGGAAAUCGAGCAAAAUUCUCGUCGGAGGAUGUCGGAUCCAGCAGGGAAAACACUGAAUCUGGUCCACCUGCAGCGACUUUACAAAGCCAGGAUCAGGAUGGCUCCUUUUCAAACGCUGAUUGGAUCACGGAGGUGUCACAAGCACAGGAGGAUCGAACAGGAUCUGCCUGCAGAUUUAGCACAGAUAACGUAGAUCUCCUGUCCGACAGUCAGAGACCUGCAGAGAGAUUUCUGAGCCGAGAUAAAGAAUCAGACCCUGGAGAGGAGGACCAGUGUUCGUCUUCAGUUCAUGAGUAUCUGGACAGCUGCUUCCCUGCAGCUCAAUCUGAACCAAAGAAACCAGAACCUGAACAUCCACAUUGCUCUGAGAACCAGUCACGAGCCGCCCCCCCUCUGUCUGCCCAGACUCAAUACCUCAGCAGCUGGACUCUGAGUCAGACAGUAAUCCUGAGAGGCAAGCGUGGUAUCCAAUCAGCAACGAGCCCUGAGACAACCCUGCCUCCUCAAACCCCACCUAAAGACGCCCAGUCGCCACCAUCCAUCUCCUCCAGCACCCCGGAGCUCUUCAGCCCUGUGACCCCGUCACCUGGAGCCUCUGCAGAGCUCUUCAGCCAACCCUGCCCAACCCCGAGGGUGGAGGAAGGCGGCGUUGUCCUCGAGGCCACCACAGAUGGGGUGCUCUGCUCCCAGGAUGCCAAGCAACAGGAUACCACAGCUGUCCAAGCCUCCCCCUCCAAAUCCCCCAAUUUCAAGAAAGCUCGAACCUCAGAAAACCUCAGGACUGAAGCGUCUGCGGUGCCGCCUGACGGCUCCGCCGCCACCGGACUCCGAGGUCCCACCACACUUUUGAUCCGGUGUGACAAGUGGGGGGUGCGCUACUCAGUUCUGGUGGCAGUGGUUCACCCCUGUCACCUGAAAGAGGUCAAGGUGAAGUCCGGGCCGACGGCGGGGACCUUCGUUCCUCUGGCAUCCGUUGUAGUGACGGACCAGUCAGGCGUAGAGAUGAAGGUGGUGCUGUGGCGGCGAGCGGCGUUCUGGGUUUUGACAGUCGGUCCUGGAGACGUGCUGCUCAUCACAGGACUGCAGCUGAAUGAAGACAGGUGGAGAGGAGAGACGGUGCUGCAGUCAACCUUCAGCAGCAAACUGCUCAACCUGGGACAGAUCACCGCCUCCACCUCACCACCAGUUCCUCAGCAUGUUAAUGCUCGCUCUCUCAGCUCUCUGUGUGGCUUCCUUCGGGAGCGGCGCCCCCUGCUGGUGUCUUUGAAUCUCCGCCCCCCUCAGGACCUGAAUCGCCUCCCCUACGCCACCCUGAGGUCACUGAGGGUCAACACGUUGGUUCACGCCGUGCUGCGCGUCAUACACACACACCUCAGCACAGCGUGGCGGAGCGAGGCGGACUCUCGCUGCAGGUCGGCUGUGCAGCAGCAGGCCGUCCUGACCGUGGAGCAGCCAGAUGGUCAGCAGGGGGCGCUGCUGCUGUGGGGAGCAGCUGUGGACUGGCUGCCUCGCUUCAGGCGAGACAGAGCGGCUGUUUGGGACUUCCACGUCCUCCUGGUGAAAGACGGUUUGACCGCCGACCUCCCGGAGCUGCACUCCACCCCCUGGAGCACCGUCCAGCCUCUGGACCCUGCCAGCCGCCGGGCGCGGGGCUUCCUCCAACCACAACGCAUUCAGACAGGAAACAGCAGCAGUGUAGAGCUGGACCUCGACACACUGCUGUCCCAGAAAUACAGCGGUGAUGUGGAGCUCAGAGUCCAGGUCACCGCCUUCCACUUCCAGGAUUCUGUGCUUUCCCAGAAUGCACCGCAGCCGGUCCUGGACAGCUCCACGGGGCUGGAUGACAUCCUGGCGGCGCUGAGCGGCGACGUCACGUACACGGGCUGCGGUCGCUGCUCGUCCGAGCUCGACACCGACGCCAACGGCAUCUACGGCCCCUGUUACCCCUGCCUGCCCCACACUGCCGUCCGCCGCUACUACAGGCCAGGUGUGCUGACAGUCAGUGGGCAGGGCAGCGGUCAGGUGUGUGUUCAGGUUCCUCCUGUCCCGCUGCUGAAGAUCCUCGAGGCUCCACCCGAUAAACUCCACAAGAGCUCAGCUCCAGGUUCAGAAGUGAAGCACAUCCAGGUGGCGGCAGAGAGGCUACAGACCCUCCUCUCCCUCCCGAGAAAAAUCUUCACCGUCACCGUCCGGAGCCACUUCCUGUGUGACGAGAACAGCGUCCCCGUCAGUCAGGACUUCACUCUGCUGGACCUCCAGUUCCCCCGCUGACAGACUGCAGAUAACGGACGUCCAGACUGUGAAGGAGUUUUCUGUCACUCAGCUACAUUCUGACUGUCUCCUGGUGGGGGCCUCGGGGUCGUGGUCAGGCAAAGGGGUCGUCUUCAGACCAGCUCAGGAUCCAGGUGAAGGGAGGGGUCUGCAGCUGUUUAGGGAAACUGGUGCCCUUCGGACAGGGAGAGGAGCUCCGUUGCCGAGGCGAUGAAGGGCACAGGUGAUAAUCUGUGCUGUCCUCCAGACAUUAUGGGACAGAGUGUCUCCUGUCAGAGGAAUGUGUUGAUGGCGACCUGAAGACGCUUGUUCCUUGUUUUAGGUACAGAGCCGAUCAAUUGAUCACACAUAUUGUUAUUGGCUGCAGAACGACCAUCAUUGGGCGUGAACCAGAUCCAGCUCAGAUAAAGGACUGAUCGCAGGAAGCAUCGGUCAGCGUUCACACUGUGGUGAUGAUCUCUCUGCUCUCCUCUGCAUCAACAAACCUUCCCAGACAGCUUUCCUUGGGGGGGCACGAGUCGACCAAAUACAACAUUUUCCUUCACACAGACCAGAUCCCAGCUGCCUCAGUGUGGACUGGUUAGACUGGUUUUGUCCGGAGAGGAUCUGUACCCCGCUGUGUAUCUGUACAUGUGUCUGUGUAUAUCUGUGUAUAUAUACCUCCUUCAGACGCUGCGAGUGUGAGAACGCUGGUCGGACAGGAUCUCGUGUUCAUGAACUCUCUGACACCGUCUGUCUGUAACUCCUCCAACAAGCCAACACAAGAGCUUAAAUCAGGGAUUAAUAAACAGAAACGGGCCUUCAUACUGACGAUCCUCUGGAGGAAAAGGUUGUUCCAGAGAGCUGAUAGUGAAGCGUCGGGAAAAAAUAAAGUGUGUCAGUGAAGAGCUGGAUGAUUCAGACUUCUCUGAAAUGUGUGCAGAGCUUUGAGUUUGUGUCCAUCCAGCAUGAGAAACAUGUUCUUUACAUUUCUGUUUAAGCAAUAAACAAAUGUGAUGUGACAGGAGAUCGCUGACAGGUUUCCUCCUGUUUCCAGUCUUUAUGCUAAGCUAAGAUACCCUGUUCCACAUCCAGCUCUGAACACACACACACACACACACACACACGAGAUUUCUGUACUCAGUUUAUUUCAGGGACAGUUUACAUCACUGUGAGGCUGGUUCUCCUCUGUAAUCCCUGACCCAUGGCGUGUUGACGUCCACGUCUCACUCCCAGAAACAGAAUAAAUGUAUUUUCCUAAAGACUGAGUGCAGCUCCAGGGACAGCUGAUGGACGGAUGCUGUCAGUGUGUCAUAUUUUAAGAGAAAUAAACAUUAAAAUUGAAGGAAAGUCUUUAAGUUGACGGCUGAGGAUGAGGAUGGUCGUCUCUUCAGCAGAGACAGGGUUUCCUCACAGGUCAGGGUGUAGUUUCUGUCUUUUUAUUGUCCUUUAGACGUUUCUUCAGCCACAUCCAUCAGAUCGCUGAACAGAUCUGAAACAACAAAAGACGGCGGACUCGUUUAAACAUUUCUGCUGUUUGGUUUGGGACAGUCCUAAUACUUGGUGCUCUUACUGUGUCAGUGCUGGAGGAAAUACUGACAUCCUUCAGUGAAAGUACUAAAACUACACAGUAAAAAAAUACUCCAUUACAUUUAAAAUGUUACACAGUACUCCAUUAUACUGCAUAUUAUUACUCAUGCUGACCUGAUUUUUGACUGUUUUAUAUUUGGCUGACUAACUAAGAUUUAAUCUGCUGAUUAUAUUCUUCUUAUUUUUAUUAUUUUUAUUUUUAUGAUUAAUAUAUGAGAGAAACACGUCACAGCUAUCCAGAGCUCACAGCGACGCCUCAGAUGUGUUUGUCCCACCAACCGUUUGAAACUCUAAAAUGUUCAGUUUAUUCUCAUUUCAGAUGAGAAAACAAGCAGGUCGUCACAUUUGACAAACUGAAACAUGUUUUUAAUUAAAAGUGGCUCAUUUCUUGAUAACUGACUGACUCAACUGAUUGUUUAAACUCAAAUUAAUUUAAUUUAGAGUUUCUCUUCUCGUGUUUUCAA